AUGGCCACAGACCGAGGAUGGCGUUCUUCUGCGACGUUCUCUCCGUCUCAACCCUGUCGAUACUACAUGAGGAACGGCACAUGUGGUUUCGGACCUAGAUGCAAGUUCUCGCAUGAUCGCAAUGCCAAAGACUCAUACCAUCAAGACUGGCGAUCAAAUGCACAAAACAGCCAUGGCGAAAAUCAGCUGGACUGGAGAUCCACCGCGUUCGGAGGCAACGGACGGGAUAGGUAUCAGCAAGGCUGGCGAACCAACAGCUCGACUGCACAGAACGGUCGGGACGAGCCCCCAGAAAAUAGGUCUACCACGACGACCAUCCCUUUCAGCCUCACAUCAAGCAAACCAUCCGAGGCUGAGCGAGAUAAGCUCCAAGCAUGGAGAAGGCUCCGCCCCUUGCCGUCAAUCAUCGAAGACCGCGACACCAGAUACUACCUUCGAAUGGCACAUGAGUUGAUUGAGCAUCAUACCAGCGUUGCACAAGACGUAAUCAAAGAAAUGGCCUCCGGCCGCAGGUUGCCUCUCAUCAAAGAAACUCUCGAGCCUUUGUCCACGUCGGCGACACUCGGAGAGAAAGCUUCACUCUUGAAACACCGGAUCCAUCCCCUCUUUCUCAUCGUCACCCACUCAAGCGUAGUGGGUUCAGUGGUUGUGGAACAAGAAGUGGCCGAAAUCUACCGUAUCUUCCUAGGCGUCAAUGCUACCCGACUCAAACUGCUCUUCGGCUUCAUCAUCCACAUCAUUGAUCAUUGGGCUGAGAUUAGUUGGGAAGGUGAAACAAUUUCUAGUAUAGAAACUAUCUCGCUCAGCUGUGAGGUGCUUGCCAGGGUCAUCGAAACAAGCACUUCCAAUAUGAUCAACGAGCAUGUUAUAUCCAUCGUGAAGGAUAUCCAGCUGCGACUCGAAGUUUUCGGGGCGGAGGGUGAUGCCUUCUACACUGUUCAAGCAUCCAGGUUUCUUGAAUACAUUCGCCGUCGUCUUGACAUCGGUCAAUCUCUCCCUGAUGCCUCUCACAUUCCAACAUCCACGGGUGCAACGGCCGACUUUAUCCUCACUCAGGACUUUCCUGGUAAUCUCUCCCGGAACGGAAGAAGACACGACAAUGACCAUGCCGACAUCAAGGACAUCAAGCUGAUGCCCACUCACGAGGAGAUUAUGUCGUCAAGGGAGGAGUAUUUACCGACUACAAACCCAUAUCAGCAUCACUUGCAGGGGUUGCGGGGUUUCCUGGAUCGGCAGUUUCGCUUAUUGCGUGAAGACACCUUGCAUGAUCUUCGUGAAGCAAUACGAACCAGCAUCAAGACAAACAGCAAAGUUCGUGAGGUGCGCACGAGGGUCGUCAUUUACGAACAAGCUACCCCUGUGGAGGUUUGUUUCGAAGAGUGGUCAGGACUCGAGUUCAUCGUCAGGUUUGACCAACCACGUGCUGCAAGGGUGUUGGAAAAAGCAGAUAGAGCAGCUUGGUGGAUGCACAACAAGAGGUUGGUGGAUGGCGCCUUGGUCUGUAUCCUCGAUGAGGCUGGCAGUGUUCUGUUUUUCCAGGUCUCCAGGUCUACCAACAGGACAACACGGAACCACGACUUGCACGGUCAACAGGACGAAAAUGACGAACAAGAGCCAUACUACAGCCUACCCGAGGAUCGCCAACACGCCUUCGUGUACCUCAGGCUCGUGGAAACCGACACCGACAGCGUCAAAGCGUCCCUCUUAUGGUUCAAGACUGGAGUUACUGGUCAACGCCGGCUUCUUUUCGAAUUCCCUUCAAUUCUCUUACCCGCCUUCGCACCCCCAUUGAAGGCCUUACAGAAAAUGUCGCAGAAUCUCGAUUUACCCUUCCAGGACCUUCUGCUUAUGCAUGGAAGAGAUAACGCUGUUGAUAUUCCACCUCCUCUCUACUCCCGGCGUUCUGGUUUUUCAUUUGACUUGAGUUGUGUAUGCAAUGAUGGGACUGAUAUCUCGUUCACACCCGGCGAAACACUUGAGCCGAGUGAGUUGAGCCGACAUUCUUCUCUGGACUUUACUCAGUCUAAGGCCAUUCUCAAUUCACUCGGCCGAUCGUUUGCAUUGAUUCAAGGCCCCCCUGGCACAGGCAAGAGCUACACUGGAGAGGCUCUCAUCAAGGUGUUGCUCGCCAACAAGUCCAAAGCCAAAUUGGGACCGAUAAUUUGUGUCUGCUACACAAACCAUGCCUUGGAUCAGUUGCUGGAGCAUUUGAUUGACGGGAAGGUCCAAAACAUCAUUCGAAUCGGAUCUAGAUCCAAGUCAGACAGACUUCAGAGUGUCAAUUUGAGAGAGGUCGUGAAGGGCAUCACCCGUACGGCAGCUGAAGUCGGCGCAUUCUACGAUACCAGAGAGGAUCUCCAUACAGAAACAAUGGAGGUCGUUGAUGAACUAAAGAAUUAUCAGCAGAUCAACGUUGAUAGACAGAUCAAGGUCUUUCUCGCAGGAAACCAUCGAGAUCACUACGAGGAGCUGUUCGGGCAGCUUCAAAUUCCACAUGAAGUCGACGAAGGCUAUGAAGUGGUGAAUUACAAUCGGAAGAACAGCCUUUCGAGGUGGUUGCAUGGCGGCUGGAACAUCAACACGCCCGAUCGCCCUCUCAGUGCCCUUUAUGAAGGAAGAUUGUCUGAAAUGAACCACCGAGAGCGCACUCUCAUUUAUCGGGACUGGGCGCGGCAAGCUCUCGACAGUGACCUGGACGUGCUGUCUGAGUUGCACGAUGUAUACGACAAAGGACGGCAGCGCAGCGACCGCGUCAGAAGCGCCACCGAACUACGAUGCCUCCAGCAGGCUAACAUUAUCGGCGUUACUACGACUGGGCUUGCAAGAAAUCUUGACCUUCUUCGGCGGGUGCAAAGCAAGGUCCUGUUGUGCGAAGAGGCGGGCGAGGUUCUCGAGGCACACCUAGUCACUGCCCUCCUCCCGACGAUAGAGCAUGCAGUCUUGAUCGGGGAUCACCUUCAACUACGUCCGCAGAUUAAGGAUUGGAGGCUACAACGGGCCAAUCCAGCCGGGGUCAAGUACUCCCUCGACGUGUCCCUUUUUGAAAGGCUUGUUCAUCCCACCACGCCGAACACCCCGGGCCUUCCUUUCAGCGUUCUCGAUACGCAGAGACGCAUGCAUCCCUCAAUCUCAGAGCUGGUUCAAUCCACUUACCCAUCUUUAGAGAACUCACCCACUGUGUUGGAUUAUCCUGAAGUUUGUGGUAUUUCCAAGAGGCUGUUUUGGCUUCACCACGAAUGCCCCGAAGGUGGCCGAAAGUAUGACUCGGAGUUGAUUGAAACUUCAUACGCCAAUGAUUUUGAGGUCCAAAUGGCUUGUGGGCUCGUCUCACAUUUGCUCAAGCAAGGUGUCUACAAGACUGGGACAAUUUCAGUCUUGACGCCCUACCUGGGACAGCUGAACAAGCUACGACAGGAGCUUGGCUCUAGCAUGCAAAUCGUCGUCAACGAACGUGAUCUGGACGAUCUUGCCAACAUCAACUCAUCGGACCCCACUGCACAAGUCGCCCAGACGAUGAGCGCAGCCAAGUCAUCCAUGCUGAACGGGGUACGGGUCGCUACCGUGGACAACUUUCAGGGUGAAGAGGCUGAUGUCGUGGUUGUUUCUCUCGUUCGAAGCAACAACGAGAGAAGAUGCGGGUUCCUCAGCACCUCCAACCGCAUAAACGUUCUCCUGUCUCGAGCACGGCAUGGUAUGUACAUAAUUGGCAACGCUCACACUGCGUCAUCCGUGGCUAUGUGGGAUGAGGUCAUUACCAAACUUCGGCAAAACGGCAACUUUGGCAAAGAACUCGAAUUGCAGUGCUCAAGACACCCAAGCAACAAGGGAAUGGUGUCCCACCCGGAGCACUUCGUCAAGUUUUCUCCCGAUGGGGGCUGCCAGCUCCGGUGCGACCGCAGGCUGGGCUGCGGGCACUCGUGUACUGGGCCAUGCCAUGCCGACCACCUACACAACGCCAUCAAGUGCCUUGAAGAUUGCGCCCGACCAAAAGAGCACUGCGAUCAUCCUUGCCGCAAGCGUUGUGGCGAACCUUGCGACAAGGCCUGCUUGGAGAUUCUUAAUGGGCUUGGGCUCGAGCUUCCAUGCGGUCAUACCAUCGACACAAUCGAGUGCUGGAAAGCACAGAAUCCCGAGUCCAUCAGAUGCUCUGUCAUAGUUGAGAAGACUGUCCCUGGAUGCGGGCAUACACCGAAAGUGGCUUGUCAUGUUGAUGUGGCCGCAUCAACCUACUUAUGCAGCUCCAAAUGCGCUGACGUCCUAUCUUGCGGGCAUGAGUGCAACAGAAGAUGUUCCGCCUGUCGGGAAAGAGUGAACGGCGAAAGAACCACAGGGAGUGUCAGCAACUCUGCGAGAAGCAUCAUCGGUGCCGCUCGACUUGUCACUAUGGAAAAGCGUGUCCGCCUUGCACCUCGCCAUGCGAGAAUCGGUGCUCUCAUUCGAAGUGUGGCAAACCAUGCAACGAACCCUGCCCCCCUUGCGCAGAGGAGACAUGCGCCUCCUGUUGCCCGCACUCCCAGUGCAAUAUGCCAUGUGCUGCACCAUGUGACUGGGUACCAUGUUCAAGGAGAUGCACCAAAGAACUUCCAUGUGGUCAUCAAUGAGUGCGCAUCGGAUGAGAUCAAGACGAGAGUUGUUGAUCUCGUCAUCAUGGACGACUACUGUGCAGUAGACCUUGAUGAGGACCCCUGCAUCUUCCCUGACUGCGGCCACUUCUGGACCUCUUCGACAAUGGAUGGGCAAAUGGGCCUCAGCGACUUUUACGGAAUUUCCGACGAAGGAAUUCCGGUCGCCCUCAAAGGCGGCUCGCAGCCAUUCACGGUCACUAACAUCAAAGCAUGCCCCGACUGUCGCGGGUCUCUGAGAAACAUGUCUCGAUAUGGAAGGAUCGUCCGUCGCGGAAUUCUCGACGAGUCAACGAAGAAAUUCAUCGAUUGGUCGAAUAGAAGGUGGAAGGAGCUAUCUGAAGCGUUUCUCGCCGCGCAGGAGAGACUACAAUCGAAAGAUCUAACGCAUUUCUCUUUCCCCGUUUCCCGCGAGCAGGGAUACGACUUGAGGGGUCCGCGACAAGAACAAAUCGAUCAGGUGUUCAAACUCACUUCAGGUGCCCGACACCUAGAGAUCAAAAUGAUACGGCGGCAAAUCCUGCUCUUCCUCGAACAGGUCAAGAAGGAUGAGCAACCAUAUCAGCGAGUGGCAAACUUGGUCCGACAUGUCAACAACCGCCGAAGAGAGACUGGCAAUUUCUGCUUCGACGAGUCUGUGAUCCAACUGGGGAGCCUUCUCCAAGCAACAACUCUCCUUUUACGGUGCGAUCUGCUGAUCAUUUCCGACUACCUCAGCCUUUGCCGCAAGUCCAAAGGCGGCACCGCCAGCUCUGUCAAGGUCGACCCGAUUCCUUACAUCAAAGACUGUUUCGAAGUCAUCAAAACCGCAUCCUCCAAGGUUUUGGUACGCCAAGAGAUAGAGGCGCGCAUCUUUGUCGGCAUGUUCUCCUCAUUCAUCCCUCCACCGACUAGAUUGGAAACAGAAGAAGACAAAGGUGAAGAAGACGGCAGGCUCAAGAGCCUCAAGGCAAAACAAAAGAUCCGCCAGAUUGGAAUGAAAUAUCUCGAGGUUGCUCAAGAGCAGAUACGCGAUAACCCGUCAGUCUCAGCGCUGCAAAGCGAGUAUGAGACGGCAUGGCGCAUGCUGCAUGAUGGGGUAUUCUACAGCGAUGUUUCAAACGAUGAACUGCGAUCAGUUUACAAGGCCAUGUCCAAAGAGUUUGGAGGGACAGGCCACUGGUACUAUUGUGCCAACAUGCAUCCUUUCACUAUUGGGGAAUGCGGCAUGGCAAUGGAGACCGCGAGAUGUCCUGAGUGUGGAGAGCCGGUCGGUGGGCAAAGCCAUCAGUUCGCCGAGGGAGUCCAGCGUGCCAAUGACAUUGAGGAGGUCGGAACCGACAUGAGCUGA